AUGACUGUGGGACCUAUCCCCGUGCGCGAUGUGCCGUCAACGCGUUCGGCUCGGACGAGGCAAAUCGCCCCUGGGUCUACGAACUUGACCAUGCCGGAAUGGCCGCAGACAGCAAAGGAUACAUCUGUUGACGCCGACGCUGUUGCCACCAAAGUCAUUGGUUCUUUGAACCUGGCCCUCAAUCAAGGCGACAAUGCUGCAGUAGCCAAGCUCUUUUGUGAUGACGGCUACUGGAGGGACCACCUUUGCCUGACAUGGGACCUGCGGACCAUGAAGGGAAGCAGCAAGAUCAAGGGGUUUCUAGACAGCGUACAUCACCUCAAGAAGAUCGAUAUUGAUCGGUCCACUCCUCUUCGUGCCCCAUCCCUCCAAGCAAUCAACCCAAAUGAGACUUUAACAGGUAUACAGUUCUUCACCAAGGUUACCACAGACGAGGGCUCAGGACGAGGCCUCGUCAACCUUGUCGAAGAGUCCGGAGACUGGAAGAUAUUUACCUGUUUUACGACGCUCGAAACGCUCAGCGGUUUUGAAGAGCAGACUGGCCACAACAGGCCAAAGGGUGUCCAACACGGUGCAAUGAUAUCAAGAAAGAACUGGUUAGAUAGGAGAAAGGAAGAGGUUGAGUUUCAGAAUAAGGACCCAGAUGUUCUCAUCAUCGGCUGCGGUCAGGCCGGUCUCACAAUUUCCUCUCGUCUCAAAAUGAUAGGAGUCCCAACUCUAGUUAUAGAUGCAUGCGAAGAGGUUGGUGACGGGUGGAAGAACCGCUAUCACCAGCUCGUCCUACACGAUCCCAUCUGGUACGACCAAAUGCCAUACCUGCCGUUUCCUGAUUUUUGGCCUAUAUACACGCCAAAGGAUAAGCUUGCCGGCUACUUCAAGGCUUACGCCGAGAUGCUCGAGCUUAACGUCUGGACCAAGACUACCGUGGACUCCACAAGUUGGGACGAGUCCAAGCAUAAGUGGACCGUGCAGCUCAGCCGCCGAAUGCCAAACGGUAGCGUCGAGUCGCGCACACUGCACCCAAAGCAUGUUGUCCAAGCUACUGGCCACUCGGGCAAGGCCAACAAGCCCGACUUCCCGGGUUGGGAUAGCUUCAAGGGAGAUGUGAUCUGUCACUCUUCCGAGUUCAAGGGCGCUGGCCAAUACGGCACGGGCGAUCGCAAGGGCAAGAAGGCCGUUGUGGUCGGUUCCUGUAAUUCGGCCAUGGACAUCUGCCAGGCGUUUUACGAGGAAGGUUACGACGUGACCAUGGUCCAGCGGACGUCGACGGCCAUCAUAGGCGCCGAGACGAUCAAGAACCUGCUGCUCGGCAAGCUGUAUUCCCAGGACGGCCCGCCCGUCGAGGAUGCCGACAUGCUGAUCUGGGGCUGGCCCAGCGAGGUCUUCAAGGCCAUGCACAAGGAACUGACCCAUAUGCAGAUAGAGCAGGACAAGGAUAUCCUGGAAGGUCUCGAGAAGGCCGGUUACAAGGUCGACUACGGCCCAGAUGACUGCGGCAUCUUCAUCAAGUACUUCCAGCGUGGCGGCGGCUACUACUUUGACGUCGGAAGUUGCCAUCUCAUCAUUGAUGGCCAGGUAAAGGUCAAGCAAGGACAAGAAAUUGCCGAGAUCUUGGAGCACGGAAUCAAGUUUGCCGACGGCUCGGAGCUCGAGGCGGAUGAGAUUGUGGUCGCCACGGGGUACCAGAACAUGAGAACCACGUCGAGACAAAUCUUUGGCGAUAGCGUCGGGGACAAGGUUGGUGAUGUUUGGGGCUUCGACGAGGAAGGCGAGAUGAGGACCAUCUGGAAGCAGAGUGGGCAUCCCGGUCUCUGGCUUAUGGGUGGCAACUUUGCCAUGUGCAGAUACUACUCAAGGAUCGUGGCGCUGCAGAUCAAGGCUCAACUGGAAGGCUACACUGGCAGACAUGCAAGGCGGGACUCCAAGAUGAUGUGA